GAAAGCACAGGCUGUAAAAGUCCUACUCUGUGGUUAAAUAUUGAUAACACCAGGAAGUAGAGGCCUGGCGUGGGCACGCCACACAUCCUCUUGCAAUGUGGUCCCCCCAGACCAAGGGACCUCCUCAGCCUCUUCCCCUGGGCUGGCACGAGGGUCUGGAUGUUUUCUCUGUACUUGAGGCCAACAUAUAAGAAGGAAAGCACUGGGCUCCUGGUUCUUUCGGAUUGUGAAAGUCAGGUGGAGCCUGUUUGCCCUCUGAGGCCACUCAUUCAAGAGGUCAGUCACCCCGGAGUGACAGAGAAGUCUCCAGGCAUGGGCGUGUGCUAAGAGCAGAGCUACCAGACGGGCCCAGCUGCCACAGGCCAUGCAGCACUGCCCCCCAGGAUCAGCUGUGUGGAGAGCUCAGGUGCAAAGACCAUCCGGUGCUCCUGUGAGAGGAGGAGGAGGAAGACACAGAAAUCAGUGCUGCUUCCAACAGCAGGCCCCAGAAACCCAGGAUCGAGGGGAUCUUCAGGACUUUGCUCGGGGGCUGGAACCUAGGGAGGCCAGGAGGGCCAGCUGAGGGGCAAAGAAGCCUAAGAACUUCGUUGUCAGAAACGCACACCAACCAGGAGCAGGGGCAUGGACCACAGUGAGGGGGUUACCCUAGACCCAGCUGGCACCGUGGUGCCUCAGGAGCUGCUGGAAGAAAUGCUUUGGUUUUUUCGGGUAGAAGAUGCAACUCCCUGGAAUUGUUCCAUGUUUGCCCUGAUGGGCGUGGUGGUCUCGAUAAGUAUGGUCCUCCUGGGAAGGAGCAUCCAGGCAAACAGAAAUCAAAAGAUGCGGCCACCAGAAAAACAAACUUCAGAAGUCCUAGACUUGGUGGAGGCCGGAAUCAAAGAUGACAACAACCUGAGCAUCCUAAGAGAGACUUUGCUCUCAGAGAAGCCAAAUCUGGCCCAGGUGGAAACUGAGUUAAAAGAGAGAGAUGUGCCAUCAGUUCUCCUUCCAGACCCACAAGAAUCUGAGAGCUAGUGAGAGCCCAGAGCAGAGCCCCAUGUUGUUAGCAGAUAAAAUGAACUGCAAUCAAACUAAACUACUGUUAUUAAAAAAAAAAAAAAAAAAACCCUUUUUAUUAAAAUGCUUCUGCAAGUGAG